AUGAGCGGAUCGAAAUCGAAUCAGAAUGUUGCUGCAUCAUCAAAUAUUCGCCAACCACGAAAACGUAUCGUACAAAAUUACCUUCUCAUCUGGGUAGAUGCCAGCAUCGACCAAGCAGACAAGGACUGCCAGAAUACAUUGGCUCAAUUGAAGAAUGUGGUCAAUGAUGUCAGCUUAUGCACGGAACCGAAUCAGUGCAUUCAAGUACUCAAUAAGGUUGACAAGAAACAAGCCUUUGUGAUAACAUCAGGCUCGCUAGGUCAAGAUCUGCUUCCUAAAAUUCAUGGCAUGCCACAGUUAGAUGCAAUUUACAUUUUUUGUGGAAACAAAUCUAGACAUGAGGGAUGGACUCAAAGUUGGAAAAAAAUUAAAGGUGUCCAUACAAAUAUCAAAGAUAUUUGUCAAGCAUUACAAGUGGCGGUUAAACAAUGUAACCAAGACACCAUUGCCGUAAGUUUUCUCGCAGUAAAUGAAAUGGCUUCAACCAGUAAUUUAAAUCAGUUGGAGCCGACUUUUAUGUACACCCAAUUAUUCAAGGAAGUUCUGCUUGAUAUCAAAUACGACCCCAAGGCAACCAAGGACUUAGCAGUUUGUUGCCGUGAAGUUUUUGCUGGCAACUCAAUUGAAUUACAAGUGAUCGAUGAAUUCGAACGUGAUUAUCGUCCAGAAAAAGCAAUAUGGUGGUAUACACGUGAGUGUUUUACCUACAAAAUGCUCAAUCAAGCACUUCGAAUGAUGGAUGCCGACAUAAUCAUUAACAUGGGCUUCUUUCUACGUGAUGUGCAUCAACAAAUUCAACAGCUGCAUGAACAACAAGUCAGUAGUUAUGAACGGAAACCUUUUAUAGUUUAUCGAGGACAAGGUCUUAUGAAAUUAGAUUUUGAAAAACUUCAGAAAGCAAAGGGUGGACUUAUGUCAUUUAACAAUUUCUUGUCUACCAGUAAAAAUGAUCAAGUGUCUCUCCGUUUUGCUCGCGAUGCUGCAGCAGAAGUAAAUAAGGUGGGAAUUCUCUUCAUAAUGUCCAUCGAUCCUUGUUUGAAAUCAACACCAUUUGCCUGUAUUACUGAACUUAGUUAUUUCGAGGCACAAGAAGAAGAAAUUCUCUUCUCAAUGCACACUGUCUUUCGGGUGAGUGCAAUUAAACAAAUGGACAAGAAGAAUCAACUUUAUCAAGUUGAAUUACAAUUAACGUCGGAUGAUGAUCAGCAACUACGAUCACUCACUGAUCAAAUACGAAAAGAAGCUGGUUGUGGCACUGGAUGGCAAAGAUUGGGUAACUUAUUGCUUAAAAGCGGUCAAUUUAAUAAAGCUGAAGAACUUUAUAAUGUAUUACUCGAACAGACAUCAGAUGAGGGUACAAAGACAAUUUAUUAUAAUCAGCUGGGAUAUAUCAAAGAUGAACAGGGUGAUUA